GCUUCUAAUCCAGACUGUAUGGUAUGUGGGCUGGUCACAAAUCCCCAUGUGGUCCGACAUCAUUGACAUGGCGGAAUCCCCCACCAAACCCUACUGGUAGUUAUUCCAGCUCGCUCGCCUGCCCGCCCAGCCAGCCAGCCCGGGGAUUUACCGGACUUGCCCGCCCGCCUGCCCGCCUCCCUCUUCCGAAGAACGAGCAGGGCCAUUCUCUCCAAGACAGCACCCCCGAGCCCCCGUUUCCAACACAAGGAGGCCCGCUGAGGAAAAUUCUCCAUGAAUGUACGUCACAAUGAUGAUGACCGACCAAAUCCCACUGGAGUUGCCAUCGUUGCUGAAUGGGGAGGUAGCUAUGAUGCCUCACUUGGUCAAUGGAGAUGGGACUCAGCAGGUCAUUUUUGUCCAAGUUAAUCCAGGUGAAACUUUUACAAUAAGGGGAGAAGAUGGGACUCUUCAGUGCAUUCAAGGACCCGCAGAGGUUCCCAUGAUGUCGCCAAAUGGAUCUAUUCCUCCCAUACAUGUGCCUCCAGGUUAUAUAUCACAGGUAAUAGAAGACAACACGGGUGUUCGCAGGGUGGUGGUCACACCUCAGUCUCCGGAGUGCUACCCUCCCAGCUACCCUUCCGCCAUUUCUCCGACCCACCACUUACCCCCGUAUCUUACUCACCACCCGCAUUUCAUUCAUAACUCUCAUACGGCUUUCUACCCACCGGUGACUGGGCCUGGAGACAUGCCACCCCAGUUUUUCCCUCAGCAUCAUCUCCCCCCUACAAUCUACGGAGAGCAAGAGAUUAUACCACUAUAUGGAAUGUCCAGUUACAUAACCAGGGAAGAUCAGUACAACAAACCACCGCACAAAAAAAUCAAAGAACGGCAGAUCGAUCGCCAAAACCGUUUGAACAGCCCCCCUUCGUCCAUCUACAAGAGCCAUCUAGGAAACUGUUCCACAGUGUACAAUGGCACCAUCAAGGCUCACAAUGGAGCCGCAAACGGGGGAGGAGGAGGAGCUGCCAUGCCCGUCGUGAAAAAAACCGAACGCAGAGCAAGAAGCAGCCCAAAGUCAAGCGAUCAGGAACUGCAUGAAUGUGAUACAGAAACAAAAAGGGUUCAAGAUGUCCUUUCUGGAAUUGAAAAACCGCAGGUUUCCGAUAUCCAGGCGAGGACAGUUCUGCUCACAUGGUCUCCUCCAAAUGACCUUCUGAGUGUGGAUAGGCACAGCAACGGUUUGCCUUAUACCUGUAUUUACGAAGUUGCCUUAUCAGACAAAGGGAGGGAUGGAAAGUACAAAAUGAUUUACAGUGGAGAAGAAUUGGAAUACAAACUGAAAGAUCUUAGGCCAGCAACGGAAUAUCAUGUCAGGGUAUAUGCCGUCUACAAUUCAGUAAAGGGAUCCCGUUCAGAACCCGUUAGCUUCACCACGCACAGCUGUGCCCCGGAAUGUCCUUUCCCACCCAAACCUUCGCACAGGACCAAAAAUUCCCUAACUUUACAGUGGAAGGCCCCUAUCGACAAUGGUUCAAAAAUCACCAGCUACCUUUUAGAGUGGGAUGAGGGAAAAAGAAGCAAUGUUUUCAGAGAAUGUUACUUUGGGAGCCAAAAACAUUACAAGCUGACGAAGCUUUGUCCGGCUGUGGGCUACACAUUCCGAUUAGCAGCUCAGAAUGACAUAGGCAUGAGUGGCUUCAGCCAAGAAGUUGUAUGCUACACGUCAGGGAAUAUUCCUCAAACCCCUUCCGCACCGAGGCUUGUCCGUGCUGGAGUCACCUGGGUCACCCUGCAGUGGAACAAAGCAGAAGGCUGCACGCCAGAGGAAGUGACCACCUACACCCUGGAGAUUCAGGAGGAGGAUAAUGAUAGUGUGUUUCACCCAAAGUACACUGGAGAAGACCGAACAUGUACUGUGAAAAAUCUUAAAAGAAGCACACAAUAUAAAUUCAGGCUCAUUGCCUCCAACGUAGAAGGGAAGAGCAGUCCCAGCGACGUCUUGGUCUGUACAACAAGCCCUGAUAGGCCGGGGCCUCCCACCAGACCCGCCGUGAAAGGGCCAAUCACAUCUCAAGGCUUCAGCGUCAAAUGGGACCCUCCUCAGGAUAAUGGUGGUUCAGAAAUCCUAAAUUACCUGUUAGAAAUUUCAGAAGGAAGCUCUGAAGCAAAUCAAUGGGAAGUGGCUUACAGAGGAUCGGCUACAGAAUGUCCGUGUACUUACUUGAAACCAGGGACUUUGUAUAAGCUCCGGGCAUGCUGUAUUAGCACUGGUGGACACAGCCAGUGUUCCGAAAGUUUACUUGUCCGUACACUAAGCGUCGCUCCAGGCCAGUGUCAGCCACCCAGAGUACUUGGCAAACCAAAGCAUAAGGAAGUGCAGCUGCAAUGGGAUGCUCCUCCUGUGUCAGACAGCAGUUGUCACAUCUCAGCAUACAGUGUCGAAAUGACUGGCCCCGAAGAGGCGACAUCGGAGGUGUAUCACGGUCCAGGUCUUGAGUGCACGGUCGGCAAUCUCCUGCCUGGGACAACCUAUCACUUCAGAGUGAGGGCCCUGAAUGACGGAGGGUAUGGGACGUAUUCCGAAGCCACGAUAAUCACAACGGCUGCUGGGCCCCCCGGGCAGUGCAGAGCACCUUCCCUUGCCUUCAUUUCUGAUACAAGUGUACUUGUUAGCUGGGAGAGUCCCGAGAGCUUUGGUGCUGACAUCUCAGAAUACAGACUGGAGUGGGGAGAAGACGCAGAGUCCUUAGAGCUCGUGUACAGUGGCACAGGCAACUCCUUUGAAAUCAGCCAGUUAUCAGCCGCAGCACACUAUUUCUGUAGGCUACAGGCAAUAAACCAGGCAGGAGCAGGACCUUACAGUGACCUGGUGACCUGUACACCCCCAGCGUCAGUCCCUGAUGCUGUGACCGCUCUCUGCGUAUCCGAUGAUGAGCACUUGGAUGCCUCUCCAGUUUCACCCUUUGUGUGCCUUGUAUUGAACUGGGAAGAACCGUGCAAUAAUGGGUCUGAGAUCAUUUCUUACAACGUCGACCUGGGCGAUGUUAUUAUCCCGGUGGGGAACGUCACAAGUUACGUCGUUAGCGACCUGCUUCCAGAAACCACAUUCCGGAUCCGGGUUCAGGCUGUAAAUGACAUCGGAGCAGGACCUUUUAGCCACUCGAUUAAGGCCAAGACCAGGCCUCUGCCCCCCUUACCUCCUCGGCUAGAGUGCACUGCAGCGGGUCCUCAGAGUCUGAAGCUGAAGUGGGGAGAGAGCAGCUCCAAGCAGCACACUGCCGACGACAUGCUGUACAUCUUGCAGAUUGAGGACAAGAACAAGAGAUUUAUUCCAAUCUAUAGGGGACCAAGUCACACCUACAAGGUACAACGGCUGAUGGAAUUCACCUGCUUCGCUUUCAGAAUACAAGCCGUAAAUGAAGCUGGGGAAGGACCUUUCUCCGAAGUGUUCACCUUCAGCACAACCAAAUCCAUUCCCCCCGCCAUCAAAGCCCCUCGAGUGAGACAGCUGGAAGGAAACGCCUGUGAAAUCGCUUGGGAAGCUGUACCCCCCAUGAAGGGAGAUCCUAUCAGCUACAUUCUGCAGGUCCUGGUUGGAAGAGAGUCUGAGUACAAACAGGUGUACAAGGGAGACGAGACGACGUUCCAAAUCUCAGGCCUUCAGACGAACACAGACUACCGGUUCCGUGUGUGUGUUUGCCGCCGGUGCUUGGAUACCUCACAAGAACUUAACGGACCUUUCAGCCCAUCUGUUGCCUUUCUGCUCCAGCGGAGGGAGCUGAUGCUCACCGGGGAAAUGGGAAGGAUAGAUGACGCAAAGACGAAAAGUAUGAUGCCUUCGGAUGAACAGUUUGCCGCCCUCCUAGUCCUCGGCUUCGCCAGCGUCUCCAUCUUAUUUGCCUUUAUACUACAGUAUUUGUUUAUGAAGUAAAGAGUCCCAUUACAAAGGUAUCAUUUUAACUAAUGCUACGCAUUAUCCACAUGUUUUAUUCAGAUAUUCCUCUUAUUUUUAUUUUAUUUUCUCCUUCUCUUUUUUUUCCCAGUGGUGUUUUCCAAUACAUUUUAUACAUUUUUCCUGGAUUAAUGUGGGAUGGGGUGGGCAUAGGGAUAAGCCCUAUUUA